GGGACUUGUAGUCCUCCCGGGGCCGGGACGCCCCCUCGGAUGAAUGGGGCCCGGGCAGCGUGCGAACUACACGGCUCGUCGACCCACAGCGCUGCCGGCCGUGGGGGUGACCGGAGGCCGGCGCGAGUCGCGGGGCGUGGGGGAUGUUCGGAGCCGCGACGGGCGCGGCGGCAGCAGCGCGGCUUCCUGGGGUAGCGGUCUAGGCGGGCGCGUCCCCGGCACCGCCACCGGCCAUGCGCCCGGCCGUCGCCGUGGGCCUGGUGUUCGCCGGCUGCUGCAGUAACGUGAUCUUCCUGGAGCUCUUGGUCCGGAAACACCCAGGAUGUGGGAACAUCGUGACAUUCGCGCAGUUUCUGUUUAUCGCCGUGGAGGGCUUCCUCUUUGAGGCCAACCUGGGAAGGAAGCCGCCGACCAUCCCGAUAAGGUACUACGCCAUCAUGGUCACCAUGUUCUUCACCGUCAGCGUGGUCAACAACUACGCCCUGAAUCUCAACAUCGCCAUGCCCCUGCACAUGAUCUUCAGAUCCGGUUCUCUAAUUGCCAACAUGAUUCUGGGAAUUAUCAUUUUGAAGAAAAGAUACAGUAUAUUCAAAUACACCUCCAUUGCCCUGGUGUCUGUGGGGAUAUUUAUUUGCACUUUCAUGUCAGCAAAGCAAGUGACUUCCCAGACCAGCUCCGGGGAGAAGGACGGAUUCCAAGCAUUUGCAUGGUGGUUACUAGGUAUUGGAGCACUGACUUUUGCUCUUCUGAUGUCAGCAAGGAUGGGAAUUUUCCAGGAGACUCUGUAUAAACAAUUUGGGAAGCAUUCGAAGGAAGCUCUGUUUUAUAACCAUGCCCUUCCACUUCCUGGUUUCAUCUUCUUGGCUUCUGAUAUUUAUGACCAUGCAGUUCUGUUCAAUAAAUCCGAGCCCUAUCAGGUCCCGGUAGUCGGCGUGACGGUGCCCAUCCUGUGGUUCUACCUCCUCAUGAACGUCAUCACCCAGUACGUGUGCAUCCGGGGCGUCUUCAUCCUCACCACGGAGUGCGCCUCCCUGACUGUCACCCUGGUGGUGACGCUGCGCAAGUUCCUGAGCCUCAUCUUCUCCAUCCUCUACUUCCAGAACCCCUUCACACGCUGGCACUGGCUGGGCACCUGCUUCGUCUUCGUCGGGACCCUCAUGUACACAGAGGUCUGGGACAAGCUGAGGGCCGCCCGGAGCCAGCCCUGCAAGGACAGGAAGGACUGAGCCGGCCGGGGGGCGGGGGGGUCCUCCCCCUCCGCCCCCAGCCCUGUCCGUGAGCGGAAGCUUGUCUGCUGCGAGCAGAGGCCACGGCGGCGGCUGUGGUCUCCCAGGGGCCAGCCUGUCCCUUCGCUCCGCCCGUCCAGUUCUGCCUCCGCGGCUCCUGAGCACCGUCCCAGGUUCUCACGCUCCCGGGAAUCCCACGAGGCCUCUUCCUGCGGUUCUGAGGCUCCUCGCCCACAGUCGUCUCUCUCCUCCCCCGGGGGCAAGCAUCACCCUCGGCCUCGGGGACCGAGACCCCAGGACUUAACCCCACGUCUCCCAGGAGCCCAGCCCUGCUGGCGCCGGCCCGUUCCGUGGCCGUGCGUCUGGGCAUUGGGGCUCCCGUUUCUCUCCCUUCCCCGGUCCUGCUUUGUCCUCUCUGGCUGCUGGUGCAGGGCGGGAGGGACGAGGUCGUGGGAGUUUCUGCCGCCCGUCUCUCUUACACCGUGCCCGGAGCUGGCGGCCCAGGCCUGCGCCCAGGGUCAAGCUCCCCAGCUCGGCCCUGCAGGGCUGCACCCACGCUUGGCUCUCGGGAGAAUCCCCGGGGCCGCCUCUCCCAGCCUCACACUCCCGCUCUGCCCGAGCCCAGCCCCUGGCGCUACUGAGUCGUAGAAUAAUAGACUGGCGGGGCAGGCGGGCGGGCGGGCGUGUUUCUGCUCCAGGCAAAGUGUCUUCAGGCUCUUGAUGCGAUUGUGUGUGUGUGUGUGUGUGUGUGUGUGUGUGUGUGUGAUCACCUGUUGAAGUGUGUCUUCAGGCUCUUGAUGCGAUGCGAUUCUGUGUGUGUGUGUGUGUGUGUGUGUGUGUGAGAGAGAGAGAGAGAGAGAGAGAGAGAGAGAGAGAGAGAGAGAUCGAGAGAAAGAUCACCUGUUGAAGUGUGGCCCCCAUUUUGCCGGUCAUCCUGGAACCUGGGACCGUGACGGGGAGGAGGGGUGUUGGCCCUGGUGUCCUGCAGUGGGCGGUUCUUUCAUCUCUCCCCUGUCCACCCAUGCUUGCCACUUCCGUGGGCAGUUCCACCCCGACCCUGACCAACACGUCUCUUCCUGCACCCAAGGGCCUUAGGUCUGGGGCUGGUCGCGACCGGGUGGCGUAACACGUGCAUGUCACCGUCUGGUGCUCCUCUCUGAGCUCGGGCCUACGUCAUCCCUGGGACCGCUGUGUCACUUUAGUGAAAGCACUUCGGCUGCUCCGCUUUUGCUCCAUCCGGGGUGGCUCUGUCACCUCCAGCUGGAGUCACCGGGUCUCCAGGCCCUUUGGCCAACUUGGACCCUGAUGCCUGUCCGUCCACUGCGGCCCGUCCCCUCAGUGUCACGCUGCUUUCCGGGAGAGCUCAUUUCAAGGAGCAAGUAUUUUUGGAACUAGGUGGAGUUCCCGAGACCGAGGGUGCUAGGAGUACCGCGUGUUGAAGAGCCUGUCGGAAAGGGCCAUGGGGCCAGCCCCCCCGGGGCGUCAUAGAGGGGGCAGGUGGGCGCCUGUCCGGGUUCCAGCAGGCAGAUUGAAGACACAGUGCACAGGACAGGGCGGGUUUCUGAAGGAACAGGCCGAGACUCCGCACAUAACGAGGGCCGUCACUCUUAGGUUCUGGUUGUGGAGGGCUGUCUCUCUCGGUAGCCCCUCCCUGCUCUUACCCUCAGGACGCUCUGUCCCGACAGACUCGGGCUCUCCUGGGGGGAAGGACUGGCAGGGGGCGCUUCUCUGGUUGCUGGAUAUGAAGAAAGCUGUUGUACGUAUUAAAUAGCUACUGUUGACUUUGA